ACUGUUUACAAUCAGACGCUGCUUCAAGUGGACGUCUAAGUAGGCGCGUGCGGUGGAGUUAAAUGCAUUUGUCCCUUCUGGUUUGAACUUUUUCAUUUACAACGACUGCAGCCAACAAAGUUUGUGCACCGACAACAUAAUGACACAAAUGAAAAUCCGGUUAGCUCGGCUAAUUAGCCGAACAACUUCGUCGGGCACAGUUAGCUAACAGUUAGCUAACAGUUAGCUAGCUCAGUAGAUGCCCUGCAGCAUGGUGGUUUGAUCCAUUCAAACAGGUGUUGGCUACAGGAGGGCACAGUCUAGUUUCUAGUGGGUAUUUAUCUGAAAUUAGCUCACAUUUAUGUACAGUAGUGAGCAGUAAACGUCAGUUAAAGGCAAAGUUAAUCUGUGUGUCAUGCUCCUCGGCUGCGUCCUGCUGAGUCCAGUAAGAACGACGUGUGUUAAAAUAGUUAGUUCGCAGAGGGUUUUUGCAGUCAGUCAGAAAUUGUGUCCAAGACUAAAUCACACAUGUAUUCGGGGAUUUAAAAACGUCAUCACGCUUCAAUCAUCUGGACACUGGUACCGACUUAAGACACAGCCCUGUCUGUAUCAGCUGACAGCUCGUGACAUGCAGGCAGCGAACAUCUCGUGUGUUAAAGAGACCACUGCAGCAGCCUCUGAUGAUGAUGAAGAGGAUGAGGGUGGAGGUGUCGCGGUGGUUGCACAGGAGUGGGGGACAAAGGAUGAAGGGUUGAAGCAGGCGAUGCUGACUCCAGGUCAGGUGAAUGCAGUCGGCUUGGAAGUCCUGCAAGGUAAAUCUGACCCCGAAGCCUGCAAAGUGUCAACAGCUCCAGCAGGAUCAAAUGAGAAGACAAAGAGGAAGCCAAUGAGAGAGAAGAGGCGUUGGAAGAAGAGAAAGCCCAAGCCAGCUGGUUCCACAAAUGAUUUAAUGUCAGAGCUUCCGUUUUCUCUGACCAGUCCCACCACAUGGAAGGAUCUUGGAUUCCCCAGUCCAGACUCAAACGAGAAGAAGAGGAAGAGGAAGAGAGGAGACAGUGGAGGGCGAGUCGACAGUGAAGAGGAUGCAGAGAAGAAUAAAAAGAAGAAAGAGAGUCAGCGGCCAAAUUACUUUGUCUCUAUCCCCAUCACCAACACACAGAUCAGUUCUGCUGUGAUGGAGGUCCAGGAGACGGUGCUUCAGCAGGAGCCUCAACUGGCCAAAGCCAUGAUCCCCGUUCCAACUCUCCACAUCACGCUGUUGGUCACAUACCUCGCCGAUCAGGAGCAAGUGGACCUGGCGGCAUCCGUGCUGGCUCAGGCCGAGCCGUCAUUGGCUGAGCUGCUGGGUGGGCGGGAUCUGGUGCUGCCCUUCUCGGGGAUCAGUCAUUUCAGGAAGGAGGUGGUGUUUGUUGGUCUGGCCCCUGGACAGCACAGAAACACUCUGGACAGUGUGGCAGAGUUGCUGCAGAGACGUUUUGUGGAGCAGGGGCUUCUACAGGGCGUUCGCGGGUUUGAGCCCCACCUCACCAUUAUGAAGCUAUCUAGAGCACCCAAACUUCGAUCACAGGGUAUAAAGCGUGUGGACCCAGGUCUCUACUCUGAUUACACAAACAAGUUUUUUGGAGACCAGAGAGUUGAGCGGGUGGAUCUUUGUUCCAUGUUGAAAAAGAAGCAACAAGACGGGUACUACCACACUGAGACAUCACUACAACUCGAUUUCGUUCAGAAGCCACUCCAUGCCAAACGUUCAAGUGGGCGUCGCCGGUCUGAACCUGAUGAGGCAGAGCUUCUGAGGGUCAGCAGGCGAUUGGUCGAGGAUGCUGUCAAUCGCGCCUUACAACAGUACAAACAGGAAGCUCUCCAAAAUGGGGGCGGGCCAAAUGCCACGGCAGUUCAGCCCUCUGGAAACACCGAGGAAACUGACACAAAGACGGACACUACCGCAAACUCCACCACGGACAACAGGAAGUGACAUCAUCGGACUGAGGAACAGAGACUUUAAAAAGCAACUGCCCAGAAAACAUCAGCCAGGCCUGGCAGACCGGGAGAAGGGUCAGUAAGCCCUGAGCACUCAAAGCCUGAACCAGCACAACAUGUCAGCCCAGUUUGGUGACCAGCCAACCUAGUGAGCUCGUCAUGCUAGCUGCCUGCCCAACUGAACUAGCCUAAGACAGCGCUAGGGAAAUGUAGCUCAGGUUCAGUGCUAUGUGACUGACCCAACAGGCCAGCUAGCUAAGCAUGCUAGCUAACUCACUGACUCCAUUGUCCUACAUCUGAUGACAAGGAUUUCAUCCCUCCAUUUUUUACUCAGCUGUGGGUCCAAAUACAUGAUGAGCACUCCUGCAGAGACACACAAGCACACCUAGGGUUCCCUUUGACCUGUCACCCACUAACUGCCCCUUUAGAAUAAGAGAAAUCUUUUUUUUUUUAAUGGUUUACCAUUUCUUCAGAAAAAUGUGUGCUGUCUUCAUUAAGAGUUAUGCAUGUUUUCAUCUUGUGGAGGAGGAUAUGUUAGAGACAUGCUUGAUUCACAGAGUAUGAAUUGAAAUGACUGGAUUCUUCAAAAUAUGGUUGGAAACACAGGAGGUCAGCAAAUUUAGUUUCCCUUUUCCAAGUCUGGCUUCUAAGCACUUUAAAGAUUUCUUUCCUGAAAUUUAACUUAAAGUUCCAGCAUUUAAUUUCACUUUUUACAUAAGAUGUCAGCCUGAAUAAUAAACUUAAAUUAUGUCUUCAUUCUAUAACAGUGACCCCAGCUCUACUUGAAGUAUUAUGUAUAUUACAGCUGUAUGACUGAAGUGUGUCCAGCAGGGGAAGCGCUGAGACAAUCAUUAAGUUAAGGUCAUUCAGAAAGCUUUCCUUUCACAUUUUGAAACUAAUCUAAACCCUUCCGUUUGAUCCAUAAAACACUAUGGCAGCAAAAUGCUGUUACCACAUUAAUGAGUUGACACUAACAGCACAAAAGAAGCCAAGUGAAUUGAAGAUUAAACCACUCUGUAACUCUGCCACAAUACACUAAACGCUGCCAAGAACGCAUUUUAAUCCAUUAAUGCCAAAACCUCCUUGAACAACCUGAGUGAUAGGCUACUACUCUUAGACACAGGCGUUCAAAUACUACUCAGCUUACUGCCUCAUAAUAUAUUAUUUUAUAUUGUGUUGUUUUAUUUUCAUGAUUUAUGAUCCGUUUUCUUCUGUGAGAUGAGUUUGAAGCAGCAGCAGCAGCAGCAGCACAGUGUGAACAUGAUUUACUCUGUUUUUCUUUUAAAUCCAUUCAUAACUCGCUGGGUCUGGACUGCAGCCCGCCCGAUUUGUUAGAGGCUCAGUGAUAUAUUGGAAGCAUUAGAGCUAAUCUGAGGGGCUUUUAUUUUGUAGUAUUGUGCAUGUAAGAGCAGUCAUUCAGAUGUUGAAGUCAUAAAGGGUUGGCUCAAACGAUCCCUGCUGUUAGCACAAAGUCCUCCAGCUCUUUAGUUGUCUUCCACUCAUUUAUUUAAUAUUCUUUGUGUAACCUUGAAAAAGAAAUUGGCUUUCCCUGCUCUGCAUUUGACCCCACAGCUCCUGAAUCCACUGCGGAUACACACCCUGGAAUUUAUAUGACAUAUAGGAAGCCUUCUUUAAAACUUGAGUUUUUCAAUUAGCAGCAACUGUUUUCUGAAGGAGAUCGGUUUAAGCCCUGACAAUAUAUUUUAUCCUCUUUAGCUAUCGUUUAUAAUGCUUUUGUUAAAUAAGAGAAAUAACUUUGAUUUUGAAAAGAAGACAAAGAGCUCUCGGCUUGCUUUUAAAGGUGGGAAAAGCACAACAUUUUGAUGAACGAUUUUUGAACUGUCUUUGGUUUUCCUUUUUGAAGAGCAGAUGAAGAUGAAUACAUGCUGUUAAAUCAAACAACCUCUCUUCAAAGUGGCCUUAUGUCACUGAUACCAAUUGAUGUUUUGUUUUGUUGUCUGUGUACUUUUGGUGACAAUGCAAAGGUUUGUACUUGACGCUGGCUCAUUUUACUGAGAUUUGCCAAAGUCUCUAAAAACUGUCAACCUGUAGCUAAAAAGCUGGAUUCUUGAGUUCAAUGUCUAAAUCGUCCACCUUAAAACACAAUUUUGUGUUAUUUCUGUCACAACAUGAGGUCUGCUUCUUCUACUGCGAACAGGUGUGAGCUGGGAAACGUGCCCUCAUUCCUGUGAAAUCCACUUAAGUCCUGUCACUGCAGGCUCAUUGAAACGUCAGUAACGUAGGUGAAUUCUGUCUUACGGUGGACUUUGAACGUUUUUGUUUUGAUCUUUUAUUGUCACCGGAUCCUUAAUCUCCUUAAACCCCCUUUAAUACACAAGUUGUCCUGUUGGCCUGUAUGAUGGGUCUGUUCAUUUGUCUCUGAGCGUGUGUGUUUGUGUGUGCCUGCGUGUAAGAGAGAGAGAGAGACAGUUUGAUGUUUGAUCAGUGGUUCCCCAGAGAAUUUCUUGUCUCUACCAAUCAUGGUGUCUGGGAGCUGUUUGUGUGUCUGUGUGAGUGCAUCCGUCCAAAUUUGUCUUUCCAUUUGUCUGUGUGUAUGCCUGACUGCGUGUGUGUUGUUUGUACUGUGUUGUAUAUACUGUUCUGCCAUGUUUGAACAAUAAAACAGGAUAUGAGAUACAAAACCAA